UAAAGCUAAAACUUACCGGAGGAAAUCUGGCAUUGUAUUUCUUCUUCUUGCUGGGCAUUUUAUAAUAUCCUACGCAGAGAUAGUCCAACUAUUUUGUUUUUAUUUCCCCUUACUCCAAACACAGACCUCGGAAACUACUAGCGAGAUUGCUGAUGUCAGUACCGUCGUCAAACGAGAAUAUCUGAAAAGGAUUCCACUGGGUCUGCAUGCUCGUCGGGUUGCGUCCUACUCUACCCACAGGUUGAGAGACUUGACCCACGCAGCAGUCACUAGGCACGGCAAAGUUGUUUUAAAGAGUUUCUUUAUUGUUGUAGGGAAAGUUUAAAUCAGUCUGGUGGACAGUUGGACAAACUACAGAUAUAUCAUACAUCAUGGAGGAAGAGGAAGUGACCGUGGAUGCAGAGAGUGCAGAGAGUGCAGACAGCUACACAGCCCAGGAGUAUGCAGCUCAGGCCAUGGCAGCAGACAUGGACCCAUGGAUCGUUUUCGACUCACGCAAGACCCCACGGGCCGAGUUUGACCGCUGGCUUGAGUCCAACAGGCCCUCACAGGUGUCUAGAUUUGAGGGGGACGAGGGUGGUCGGGGGCCUGUGGGUUGGAUCGCCGUGCUGGGCCCUGACCACUGCCCCAACACGGGCGAUGUCGUAGGCCUGCAGGAGAGCUGGGAGCGGCUCCUGGCGAGCGGUCGCCUGGUGACUUUCCAGACGGUGAAGGAGCUGGCACUGAACCACGGGGUGCUCUCUGGCAAGUGGCUCAUGCACCUAGACUCGGGCUUCAAGGUGGACCAUGCCUGGGAGUGCGUGGCACGGGCUGUCUUAGAGGGCAAGAUCUCCAUGGCAAAGGUGAGCCCGCGCGACCCCAAGUCCGACAGCAAGCACAUCAUCUGCGUCUACAAUCAAUCCUUUGCGGACGAGGACCAGGUCAUGAGGUUGGACGCAAUCAUAAGGGCCGCCGGGGUCAAGUGCCCGCUGUCUUACAAGCCAGACGUCUAUACCUACCUGGGAAUUUACCGGAACAAUUGUUGGAAGAUGUGCCCCACCAUCUACGAGAGCAAGUAUAACCUGGAGUGUGUGCCAAGGCGCUCCCACAUCCUGAACAAAGUCACCAACCUGGAGGUAACGUAGUGUGGACAGCUUGAAGGAAAUGGCCUAGCUGGUGGCAAACGUCCUCUCUCACCUCUUGACUUCUAAUCAGACUGGUCUGAUUUCAGCAAUGUGUUGCCUCUUGCGUUUCCCAGACACUUUCUUGUGCAGUGAGUGAGUCAUGAGUACAUCAGUGUCAAGCUUGGACACUUCAUGCCCCCAUUGAUUCGUGAAGAUCUACAAAAAAUAAAAAAUCUACAAAUAAAAAAUUGCCACCGGCGGGGAGAAAAAAAAAAUGAUUUGAUCAUGUGGAUCAAGCAAACAUUGUGUUGCAGUUUCUGUUUUCAACAGAAUACGUUUAUUCCUGAGUGUUGAGAAACAGUGGUUGGCUGUUAUAUGCCAUGUCUUCUAUUAUUUUAUUUUUUUCCCUUUUUAAGUUCUUAAAAAAAGCACUGCCCGACCAUGUGUAUUGAAGCCUUUGAUUUGUGAAUGGCUGCAGAGUUUUUGUUUUGUGAAAUGGUUUGUAAUGUGAAUGCAAUUUUUUUUGUUGCUUGAAGAUUUAGUUAACAGUCAGUGUACAGUGCACAUUUGCCAAAAUGAAAGUUUGCAUUUUGAGAACUGGCUCUCAAACAUCAAUAUAUGAAAAAUAAAAUACAUUCUGAAGUCUGAGUUGUAGCCAGCUUAAAUCACGACCACACAGUGAAGAAUGUUUAAUAAACACAUUUUAUUGA